AUGCCAACCAAAACCAAGCGACCAAAAGUCUUUGCAUAUGCCACUUUUGGUCUCGACGCUCUUAUUUCUCUCGCCUCAAAACUUCGAGGGCAAUCAUACACUGUUGAUGCGACGACGAAACCCAAAGCUGGUAGUACGCACUGGGUCAUUUUCGUCACUUUCGAGGAUGGUGUCGAAUGGGUAUUCCGACCGCCACGGAGUGGACUGAGCGCCAUUAUCACCGAAGAAUCUGCGUCCAAGUUACUUAUCAGCGAAGCCGUGACUCUAAAGUAUCUGAGGAACCUGGAUUCGAUACCGGUGCCAGAAGUGUUCCCGUUUAGCGGAGACGAUUAA